CACUGAAAUCCGUGAAAAUAAUCAAAUAUAAUCGAAUAUAAGCAAGCACAAAUAAAAAUAUUUGCUAUUAUACGCAUAAGGAAGACACAUUUUUUUAACAAUUUAUUCUCAGUAAUAUAAAGGUUAGAAGUUUUUAAUCACAUCCAAUGACAAGUUCUGUAGAUAAAACGAGAUACAGGCGCAGACUUGCUGCUAUUUCAUUUUUAUCAAAUAUUUCCCUUGAUGGAACACAACGCGAUAUACGUAUUGGAUCUAAUAUCUGCGCUUUGCAUAAUGGAUCUUCCUCCGCAGGAAAAGUUGAGUUUUGCACGCUUGAAACUUCACGAUUCAAAGCGUCGGAAAGCCAUAAUAAUAAUAAUAAUACGCAAGAGAAUGAAUCUAAAAAUUUGAUAAUUCAGUUGAUUGCAGUUCAACCGGAAAAAGGAAAAGUAAAAAUGCUUUUUGGCAAAAGUUCUGAAGGCUUAUCGGAGAGUAGUGAUUCGGAUAGUGUUAAAAUGCCGACGAAAGUUCCAUCUGCAGUACAUUAUCGAGAAAGAACGUUUAGCUGUGGCGCUGGGGAAACAUGUUUCCUUACAGAAAGACGAGCACGUUUAAAUACAGCACCACUUAGAUGCAGUAUACCUAGUAACGGAAACAGACGAACCCUUACAAAUUGUUCCAGUAUAAGCCAAGUUACUGAUGAUAGUAGUACCGAAAGCCUCGCUCCAGGAGGUCGUAUAAAUAGUGUACAAAUACCAUAUGCAAAUGAUUUAAAAAUUUUAAAAACAUAUACUCAUCAAAAACAUUCAUUCAAAGAUGAACGAGUCAUAAUUGUAUCGCGUAAAGUACCUUUUUUUGUAUUCUCAGCGCUGCCUUACCACAGAGAAAAAAAUGGAAGAAUUGAAGUACGAAAGGAUGGACGUCGAAAUAAUACAUCUGCUUCGAGGCCUCUAUCAGCUAUAAAUGACGUACCAUUUGAUCCAUUUGACCUGUUAGGAAUCGAAAAGGGCGAACACGGUCAGGAAAUAUCAUAUGGACAUCUUUUGGUUCCUUCCCGACAGUAUAACAAAGAAAGUAAAAAAAUACCAACAAAUAUAAUUGCUGCUAACCUUGAAAACAGCGUAGAAAUUACAAACACUCAUGCACUCAAAAACCAUGGAAUCGCAAGGUGCUAUACUUUUGAAAAUCACACGAACAACCGAAACAACGCAUCAAGUCCAACGCCUGAAGUAAAAUUUUUUGAUUUGGAUGAUACCUUAGAAACAGCGCGAAUUUUUCAGCUUCAACAUUAUUCAGCAAAUAUUUUAGACGAUCCUGAGUUGAUAGCUGGCAAACAUAGGACAUUGCUUACCUUUACUUCAUACAUGACAUCUGUCAUUGAUUACGUACGACCAUCAGAUUUGAAGAAAGAACUCAACGAUAAAUUCAAGGAAAAAUUUCCACAUAUCCAGCUGACCUUGAGUAAACUAAGAAGUAUCAAGCGAGAAAUGCGCCGCAUUAACAAGCUCGACCCGAGAAUUGACCUUGUGACUGUAUCCCAAGCGUAUGUAUAUUUUGAAAAGUUGAUUCUAUCAAAUUUAAUAAACAAAAAUAAUCGUAAGCUAACUGCAGGAGCAUGUUUGCUCUUGAGUGCUAAAAUGAACGAUGUUAAGGGCGAAUUACUUAAAAGUCUUAUAGAGAAAACUGAAAACGUUUUUAGAUUGAGCCACAAGGAACUUAUUGCAUCAGAAUUUGCUGUUCUUGUUGCCCUUGAAUUUAGUUUACAUGUUCCCAAUAAUGAGAUUUUGCCGCACUACCAAAGGCUUCUAUAUGAUUCAUAAAAACUACUAUUAUAAUAAAUAAGAAGUAACACAAAUGUAAAUUUUUCAAUAAACUAUAGCUUAGAUAUA